AUUUCAUUCGAUUUCAACCUACUGAUUUGCUUUACAUUCUUCGUCGUCUGCUUUUGGGAUUUUUUUAAUAGGUCGUAAAUUUUUGUUAAAUUUUGACCUUACGGGCUUGAAGAGCGUUGGGGUCCAUGGACUGAACUUUAGUUGGCUAGGAAUUGGGUACGGCGAGCCUCCUCGGCGAAGGCUAUUGGAGUUUGAAUGUGAGGGAUGAGUUUUGUGAGUUGCUGGUUGGCGUCGUAGGCAAUUGGUGUUUAAUCGGCGAGCUUGAGGAGGAUCGACGAGCAUUCUAGGAGGGUCUUCAUAGGCCCGACGACAUUGUAGAGGAGCGUCUGGGGCGAUGGCCACCAUGAAUGUAAUUCAACCGAACAAGUACUCCGCUGUCGUGCUUGGAGGCACCUUCGAUCGUCUCCAUCCUGGUCACCAUGUCCUAUUGAAGGCUGCGGCAGAACUGGCGAGAGAGAGAGUUGUAGUGGGCAUUAGCACAGGGCAAAUGCUUUCAAAUAAAGAGUAUGCACAUCUGAUUCAACCCCUGGACGUCCGUAGGCAAGCAGUGGAAGUCUUUAUUAAGUCAGUAAAGCCAGAGCUGAAGGUGCAAACUGAACCUAUUACAGACCCUUAUGGACCCUCAAUCGUCGACCCAGAAUUGGAAGCCAUUGUUGUAAGUAAAGAGACGAUAAAAGGAGGAGAAUCCGUGAACAAGAAAAGGGCUGAAAGAGGUCUCUCUCAACUCCAGGUGGAGGUUGUUGACUUGCUAUUCGAGGAUGGCAAUACAGAGAAGAUAAGCUCCGCGAUCCUGAGAGAGCGUGAGGUGAAGCAAACCAAAGUAGGUUGAGCUCAAUGUCUACUUGUAAGAAUCAUCUGAUAAACAGCUGCAAUAUUGUGAUUUAGCUUUCUUUCAUAUUUGAAGCAGCUAGAUCUAAUGUCUCAUGCCUUUAAUGUAAUAGUUGAGCAGUACCUUGGACCUCAAGUAGUGAGAGCUACAUAUCAUAUUGGCUCUGUAGUACUCACUGCAGGGUUGUAGAAGAGUUUGGUCGGGUCUUUCGUAAUUGAUGGUUGUCACACAUAUCUAAUUUGUGCACUCCUUUGAAGAAUUUCCAUGAUAAACAUAAAAAUGAUUCACGUACAGGAA